AUGCAUCCAUAUUUAUCAGACGGAAUACUCAACGUAUCAAACAGGCUGGGAGCAUUCUGGUUGCUUGCGGAUGUGUGGGGAUAUAUCACGUAUCUGGUGUUCACGGGACCGACGCAUGUCGGAGAAACCAUCGCAGGGUUCUUCCUUGGACCGAUGCACUACAACAUUGUACCCUACCCGGAAGCCUUUGCUAUGAUGGGGCAGCUCGGAGCAGUCUACAUCAUCUUCGAGAAAGGGCUCACAUCAAAACUUGACGAUAUAGUGAAGCAGUUUCCACGUAGCAUUGCACUAGCAAACCUCUCUCUUACAGUGUCUAUGUUCUGGAUUGCCCUCGUCUUUCGAUUGAAAGGGCACUCGAUGACUGAGAGUGUUUGCGCGUCAUUAGCAUUCUCAAUACCUGUUUGCGGAAUUGUUGAGUUUGGCUGGUUCGACCACUAUUGGAGUUAUGAUUGGAAUGGUUUUGCUAUCUCUUCUUAA